AUGCUCUCUCUUGUCCGUUCACUGCCGCCAAAACAUGGCGGCCGACAUUGCUAUUUGCCCCAACCCCGCCGCUGGUUUGCUACGAACAAUAUUGAGAACCUUCACCGCCGCAAUGCCCGGAUGUCCAUGCUCCAUUCUCUGCCCGCGGGAGUAAGAGGAUAUGCGACUAAUACUGAAAUUGAGAAGGGUAAAGCGGAGGAGAAAGAGGGGGAGGGGGAGGGUGAGAAGAAAGACCUGCCUCGCUUCAAUGCUCUCGGCGUGCAACAACUCUCUCGCAAAGUCCAUUCCCAAGUCUUCUCCGGUGAGCCCGCCCCGCCGCCGCCUGAACUCGUGGAACUUUCCAUCUCCCACUUGAAGCGGCAUGGCCUCUAUGGGAAAAAUACCGACCAAAACCCGCCCAUCUCCUUCGACCUGCCGCCGCUGCGUGGCACAUCAGGAACGCUCGAUGAGCAUUUCUACCAGCUCGGAUUGACCGCUUCAGAUCCCUACCUGAAAUACGCAAAGGAGUUUGCCGGCGUCGACCUUCAGCCGCCGCCGCAGCCAGGAACGAAAUGGAAGCGGUGUAGCGGGUGGACCAUGUAUGGCCGCGACGGGAAGGCAACGCAGGUCGAUUAUCCAAAGGAUAAAAUGCUGGUGUUUGAUGUCGAGGUGCUGUACAAGGAUUCGCCAUUCGCGGUAAUAGCUUGUGCAGCGGGGACAACGGGGUGGUAUGCGUGGGUGUCGCCCUGGAUCCUAGGGAAGUCAGAGACGGAUCGGCAUCUAGUCCCGCUAGGAUCACCGGACUCCAAGCGUAUUAUCGUCGGUCAUAAUGUGGGCUAUGACCGCGCGAGGAUCAAGGAGGAGUACAGUUUGAGGAAGUCUAAAUUUGCAUUUUUAGAUACAAUGUCACUACAUGUAGCGACAAACGGGAUGUGCUCGAGACAGCGCCCAACGUGGUUAAAACAUCAGAAGUUACAGAAGAUGAAGGAGGGGACGCCGAACAUGGAUGCCAUGUCGCAGGAUACGGUGGAUAUGCUUCAGCUGGAAGAGGAGGAGGAGGCGUGGAUUGCGCGGAGCUCUAUCAACUCCCUACAAGAGGUAGCGCUCUUCCACUGCGAUAUCAAAAUCGACAAAGGAGUGCGCGACCAGUUCGGAAUCAUCAACAGAGAGGGGGUCUUGGAGCAACUCGAUACCUUACUCGACUACUGCGCGGCAGACGUAUCGGCAACCCACAAAGUUUACCAGAAGGUCCUCCCUAAGUUUCUCGAGGUCUGCCCACAUCCCGUGAGUUUCGCGGCGCUGCGGCACCUCUCCUCAGUACUCCUCCCCGUCGACAAGACCUGGGAGGACUACAUAAAGCGUGCAGAAGAUACCUACAUAGAGACCUCAGAGGCCAUCAAAAACCGCCUAAUAGACCUCGCAAAUGACGCUCUGGCACAUAAAGACAACCCGGAGGCAUUCUUAGAGGAUCCGUGGCUGCGACAACUAGAUUGGACUAUACCGGAGACUAGGAAGGUCAAGGUCAAGGGCCAGGUCAAAGGCGAGGUCAGCGAGCGGCCAGCAAAGAACCAAAAAAUGCCCGGCGUGCCCAAGUGGUAUAAGGAUUUAUUUGCGGCCGGCGAGGCGGGAAAUAUAAAGAUUAGCGUCAGAUCAAGGAUUGCGCCGCUACUACUAAAACUUGCAUGGGAUAAGAAGCCGCUGGUAUGGUCGGAUGUAUAUGGGUGGAUAGUAAGUGUGCCGGUUAGUGAGAAGGCCGAUUACGAGGACAAGCCCCUGGUCAGAUGCGAUAUGGGUGAAGAGACAAAUGAGCUUCUAAAUAAUGAUCAGGAAAAUAUCUACUACAAGCUCCCGCAUAAGGAUGGACCGACGGCAAGAUGUGUGUCGCCGCUGGCGAAGUAUUAUCUGAAAUACUUUGAGGACGGAAUGCUUUCCUCCCCGCACCCUCUUGCGAAGGAAGCAUUGGAGAUGAACGCUGAGUGUUCGUAUUGGAUCUCGGCGCGGGAGAGAAUCAAGGGCCAAAUGGUGAUCUACGAGAGUGACGUAGAGAAAGGCCACCUGACACAAGGGAUGACUAAGAAGGACCAAGCUCAGGAUAAUCCAGAGGUGGGGAUAAUCCUGCCGCAACUUAUCCCUAUGGGAACGGUUACGAGAAGAGCGGUAGAGAGAACCUGGUUGACGGCCAGUAACGCAAAGAAGAAUCGUUUAGGCUCGGAGCUUAAGGCAAUGAUCAAAGCACCUCCAGGGUACGUCUUUGUAGGCUCCGAUGUAGAUUCACAGGAGCUCUGGAUUGCAAGUUUGGUGGGAGAUGCGCAGUUUAAAUUGCAUGGCGGAAACGCUAUUGGGUUCAUGACACUCGAGGGUACAAAGGCUGCCGGGACGGAUUUACACUCAAAGACAGCAAGUAUCCUGGGAAUCUCCAGAAACCACGCAAAGAUCUUCAAUUAUGGAAGAAUCUACGGCGCUGGUGUCAAGUUUGCCUCAGCUCUCUUAAAACAAUUCAACCCCACCCUACCCGACACCGAGGCCGAUCAGACGUCACAAAACCUCUAUAAAGAGACUAAGGGCACGAAAACAAAACAUACACUCAUUCACGACCGUCCCUUCUGGCGGGGCGGAACCGAGAGUUUCGUCUUCAACAAACUAGAAGAGUUUGCAAACCAGGACUUACCUAGAACCCCUGUUCUGGGAGCAGGUAUCACGGAGGCUUUGAGAAGAGAGUAUUUGACUACAAAUGGAUUCAUGCCGUCGAGGAUCAACUGGGCGAUUCAGUCCUCGGGUGUGGAUUAUUUGCAUCUAUUGAUCAUCGCGAUGGAACACCUUAUUGAUAGAUUCAUGCUGAGGGCAAGGCUGGCAAUCACGGUGCAUGAUGAGAUUCGGUAUCUAGUAAAAGAUGAUCAUAAAUAUCAUGUUGCGAUGGCGCUUCAGAUCGCAAAUCUCUGGACUAGGGCAAUGUUUUCGCAGCAAAUGGGCAUCGAAGAUCUUCCGCAGUCUUGCGCAUACUUCUCCGCCGUCGACAUCGACAAGGUCCUGCGUAAAGAAGUGGACAUGGACUGCAUCACACCCUCACAUCCGAAUGCUAUUCCCCCAGGAGAGUCCAUUAACAUGACCAAACUCCUCGAUACUCUCAAGAAGGGUGGGACUACAUUCUUCACGGAUUCACUCGCACAGGGGCGGCGCCUGAACUCAAAGGAGCUAAAGGAUGAGGAGUAUACCCCGCGCACCCCCGUAAUGGAGCAGCUCCAGGGGGGGGCCAAUAUACCCUUCCUCCAAGCACAAAACGCCGAUGACGAAGAGUUUCGGAGGCUUGUCAGUGAGCUUAAAAAGAAAUACAUGUUCCCGAAAUACAAGAACGCGAAACCUUCUCCCAUGGAGGAUAUGAUCUGGAACGCACCGCCCGUGGUUGCAAAGACAUACGAAGAGACUCACGAAGCGGUCUCCUCGAGCGUUGAGGGCCUGAAGUGGAAGCCGCUCCCAACAAAUAGCUCUUCCCGCGCUAAGAAGCCGCUUGCAAUGUCGCUGGAGUUCAAGCUAGAGGUUCAAGAGGCUAGAAAGCAAAUGGCAGCCGAAUCCAGGAAGUUGAAUCAGGUCAAAUCCGGCACAAGCAAGCUAGCUGUACGAAGAAUCAGGUCAAAUCCGGCACAAGCAAGCUAG